AUGGUUCGACUUGAGUCAAAGGAGCGGUUGAACUACUUAAAGUUUAGCAUCAUCUUCGUGGAUGAAUUUCCCAAAGCCUUACGUCAAACUUUUAAGGUGAUGUGGAACAAAAAAUUUAGACGGAAUCAGUGGGACGACUCCGAUGCUGUGAGAAAAUUAUUACACAGAAAUGAAUUCGGCAACAAGGGUAUUCCUACACAAAAAUCAUAUGAAGAGUGGGAUUGUACAGCGCUGUUUCAAGCCACACUCUAUGCAAAGUCCUUCCGUUCACCAGACGGUACGGGUAACCUUAAAACACUCAAUGAGCUGUAUGUGAAGCCGCGUGGAGUCCCUCAUGGACAGUUUCAUGGCUCUGUCAUCAGCGAAAACGGAGACCCCUAUGAAACAUUCGCGCUCUCCAUCGACCAGCUGAGACGCCUCAGAAAUUCACUUUGUCAUUCUACCAGUACAGAGCUGGAUCAAGACAUGUUUGACCAUUACGUUAAUCUCGCCAAAGAUGUAUUCGAAGCCCUUUCAGUCAAGACGGACUUAAUUGAUGAGACUUUGCACGCUGAACUUCACACCUUGAGAGCAAGAGUUGUGACAUGCGCCUUUUUUUUUGACCCAUUUAUAGAAUUU